AUGGGCACACAGCGAAACGGCUUCAGAAAGGAGAGUUUUAUUCUUUCUGUGGACGUUGGGACGACUUCCAUCAGAUGUCACGUUUACGACAAGCAGGCGAAAGUCAGGGGGUCGUGCGUCAGUAAGGUGGUUCUCGUGUAUCCAGAGGACGGACACGUGGAGAUCGAGCCGGACGCUCUGUGGAAGGGAUUUAUUACUGUGGUCAUUGGAGCCGUCCAAGAUGCAGGGAUCCAGAUGCGUCAGAUCGAGGCCCUGGGGAUCUCCACACAGAGAGCCACGUUCACCACAUGGGACCGGAGGACUGGGGUUCCCUUCCAUAACUUCAUCACGUGGCAGGAUCGCCGAGCCGCAGAACUGGUCAAGUCCUGGAACAGGUCGUGCACCAUGAAAGCCAUCCACGGCGUGAUGAAGGCGCUGUACUUCCUGAGUCGGCAGAAGCGAUGUCUGGCCGCCAGCCUCAUCGUGUUUUCCACUCAACACGUGACGCUGAGGCUGGUCUGGGUCCUCAGCCACUACUCACAGAUCAGACAGGCCGCCUCUGAAGGGAAUUGUUGCUUCGGGACAAUAGACACCUGGCUGUUGUUCAAACUCACAAAAGGUCGUGUUCACGCCACAGACUUCUCCAACGCCAGCUCCACAGGGAUGUUUGACUCCUAUCAGAUGUGCUGGAGCGAGUUCUUGUGCUUCGUCUUGUCGCUGCCUUUGUCCAUUUUACCUUCAGUUCAAAACACAAACCACGACUUCGGCAGCACUGAUCCGUCCAUCUUCGGAGAGUCCAUCCCCAUCCGCUCCUUGGUGGCAGACCAGCAGGCCGCCAUGUUUGGAGAAUGCUGUUUUGACGUGGGCGACGUGAAGAUCACCAUGGGAACCGGGACCUUCAUGGACAUCCACACAGGCAGCAAACCGCACACCUCUGUGGCAGGCCUGUACCCUGUUGUGGGCUGGAAGAUGGGAGCAGAGGUGGUGUAUCUGGCCGAGGGCAACGCAGCGGACACUGGGACCGCCAUCAAGUGGGCUCAGGAGCUCGACCUGUUUACUGACGUGAAGGAGACCAGUGCCUUGGCCUACAGUGUGAGGGACUCGGGCGGAGUGUGCUUCGUGCCUUCCUUCAGCGGACUUCAGGCGCCUCUGAACGACCCCAAAGCCUGCGCCUCCUUCAUGGGCCUCAAACCCUCUACCUCCAAGUCACACCUGGUCCGCGCCAUUUUGGAGUCCAUCGUUUUCAGAAACAAACAGUUGUAUGAGACGAUGCUCAGAGAAACACGGAUUCCAAUCACAAAAAUCAGAGCGGACGGCGGAGUCUCCUCUAACGACUUUGUGAUGCAGCUGACGGCCGACCUGUUCGCCCGGAAAGUGGCCCGACCGGAGCACUGCGAGAUGUCGUGUCUUGGCGCGGCGUACGUGGCGGGGCUGGCGGUCGGUUUCUGGAAGAGCAAGGAGGAGCUGAAGAAGCUUCAGAGCACAGACAAGUUGUUUUUACCUCAGGGACCCCCAAAAGACCAGGACUACUGCAGCCUGCUCCAGAGCUGGGAGAGGGCGCUCAGGAGAUCCAUGAACUGGUACAGGCCCUGA